AUGAGCGAAGUUCAGGCUAUGGUAGAAUUCUCCGUGGAGCUCCACAAAUUCUUCAAUGUGGAUUUGUUCCAGAGAGGUUUUUACCAGAUUCGUGCAUCUAUGAAAAUCCCACCAAGAAUUCCCCACAAAUUGGAAGCUAGCUUGUUACACGCACCUGGUGCAGAUCUUGCCUUUCCCGCUUCAGUCCAUGACAAUGUAGUUUGCAGUAAAACAUUUCAGAUUCUUUACAAAAAUGAGGAAGUUUCUGUAAAUGAUGUGAUGAUUUUCAAAGUAAAAAUGCUGUUAGAUGAGAGGAAGAUUGAAGAAUCUCUUAAUGAAAUGAAUUUUCUGCUAACAUUAGAUCUACACUUCACAGAUACAGACUAUUCACCCGAUGACCUGAGCACACUACAGCCAAUCAGUAGCCGAACUUUAAAGCUGCACUUUAACUUGCAUCGGGGCCUUCAUCAUUAUGUCAACGUUAUGUUUGACUACUUCCACCUUUCGGUCAUAUCUGUCAUAGUCCAUGCUUCUUUGGUUGCUCUGCAUCAGCCAUUGAUAAGCUUUCCUCGCCCCGUGAAGAACACAUGGUUGAACAGGAACGCACCAGCACAGAACAGGGACUCUGUGAUUCCUUCCCUUGAAAGUGUGGUCUUUGGCAAUAACUACACAAAGCAGUUAUCAGCAGAUGGUUGCAGUUUUGUGGUUUCAGAGUCUUUCCUCAAUCAUGCCUAUAAUUUCCACUACACACUUUGUGCCAGUUUGCUGCUUGCAUUCAAAGGGUUGCAUAGCUAUUUUAUUAUGAUAACAAAGGAACUCCCCUCUUCUCACCGAAUUGAACUGGCCAAGGCCAGCAUGCAGGUCCUUUAUGAACGCCUCCUCAGAAGAAAAUAUCCACGAGCCCAGAGAGACGCCUACCUAGAAAACUUAGAUGUAGAAGUCCGUCUUACAGAAUUGUGUGAAGAAAUAAAGAAAAUGGAAAAUCCUGAUGAACUGGCAGAACUUAUAAAUAUGAAUCUUGCUCAGCUGUGCUCCCUUCUAAUGGCUCUCUGGGGGCAGUUUCUGGAGGUCAUUACCUUACAAGAGGAAGUGACAGCACUGCUAGCACAGGAGCAUCACACAUUAAGGGUGCGCAGGUUUGCGGAGGCUUUCUUCUGCCUGGAGCAUCCCAGGCAGGCUGCCCUUGCCUACCAAGAACUGCAUGCUCAAAGCCACCUGCAGAUGUGUGCAGCUAUCAAAAACACUUCCUUCUGCAGUUCCCUUCCCCCGCUGCCCAUUGAAUGUAGUGAACUAGAUGGAGAUAUGAACUCCUUGCCCAUCAUCUUUGAAGAUCGGUAUCUAGAUUCGAUCACUGAAGAUCUGGAUGUKCCCUGGUUGGUAGUUCAGAAUCUUCCAAGGUCAGAGUCCAAUAAACUGGAUAAAUUUGAUGCUGAAGAAGGUUUUGUAGCUGGYUUUACUAGCCCAGAAUUGAAAAUUUCAAGACCUGCAGGUACCUCCAACCUUUGGCAUUCAGAAAGUGAAAAGCUGCUAACAAAGCCAUUGAAAGGGAGAAACGAAGAUGCAAAUAAAUCCAAAGUGAAGGUUACGAAGCUUAUGAAAACAAUGAAACCUGAAAACACGAGAAAAAUAGUGAAGCAGAACUCCAAGGACUCUGUGGUGCUAGUGGGCUACAAGUGCCUGAAGAGCGGCGCCCUGGAGGACGCGUGCCGGGGCGCAGCCGCCCGGCCCGCCUGUCGCCAGGCCCCGGGGCCGGAGCCUCCGGCACAGGAGUGUCCUUGGGASGAGACCAAGAGCUGCGCCGGGCAGCCAGGGCCAACAGAGGCUGCCCCAGGAGCUGAGCCGGGGACUGCCGAGACCGAGGGCGCUCAGGCCACUCCAGGGAGCCCAGGGAAUUCUCAUUGCACAGAUACGACUGGUUUUGGUGGGCUUGGUAUCCCCCAGGCAGGUCCUGGAGUUACGGAAGCAGAGGGAGAGGCUCCGCAGCGCGGAGCUUCGCUUGACACUCGGCAUGGAGCUCAGGCGGCUUCCCCGGGGGUCAGGACGACUGAGGUCAAACCAAGCGACAGGGAUCCCUACGAGGGGGAGAAGGUGGCCGUUCACAUCGGGUCGUGGGCUGAGUUUCCCCACGAUGGAGUGCCCGGAGGGAAUCUGCAAACACCCAAUAUUCAGGCUUCGGAAUCUGGAAAUAAGCUGAACUCAGGAGAACAGGAACAAGUAYUGGAGAAGGAGGACAACCUCGAAAGAAAUGCGCAACAUACCUGCGUUGUCCCAGCAAGGAUAAGAAGUUGUCAGCCUGUUCCUCCUCCGAAAGAGACUCCAGCUUCUCUGAGUGGAGAGGUGGCUAAACUGCCAGAUGUGAGUGUGACAUGCGCCUCGUCUCGGUUUUCAGACUCAGGGGUGGAGAGUGAACCCAGCUCUUUUGCAACUCACCCCAACCCUGAUCAGGUGUUCGAAAACGUCCAAGGGCAAAGAGCGUGCAGUAGUGAGAGAUUGUUUCCUCAGCUCUUACUAAAACCAGACUGUGCUCUAAAGAAUGCAGUAGAAAGCCACUGCACUGAGAGCACCAGUGCCGUGAGUGAAAUACAAUCAUCCUUGACAUCCAUAAAUUCGCUGCCUUCGGACGAUGAUGAGCUGUCGCCUGAUGAGAAUUCAAAGAUAUCUGUUGUACCCGAAUGCCAGCUAAGUGACAGCAAAACAGUAUUGGACCUGGGAGCAAUUGACUUGGCAAAAUGUGAUGACAGUAAGAAAACAAACAGCAAUUUGCAGCAACAGUGUGUUGUAUUUUCAGGGCAUUCAAAUAAUGAAACUCUGCCUGUGCAUUCCUCACAUUCAGGCACAAAAGGUCUUUUGGACUUAGUUGUUUCAGAUGAAGAUAUAUCUGCUGAUAGGAAAAGUGAUGGCCCCCAGGACUCUAAGGACUCUGAGGACCUUGAAAAGCAUCAGAGCACGACAGCAGAAACAGCUCAAUUGCAUUUGGAAGCUGCUGACAUGGGUGAGCCCUCUGUUGUGUUGGGUUGUUCAUCCACAAGCACCGAGUGUGGGGUCGCAAAACACAGUGAAGAGAAACAUCAUGAAACCUCAGAGGUAAAAGAGACAACUGAGGAAUUGCUGCUAGCUACAAGUGAAGCUGGUGCAGACAAUCUUUCUCCAACCAGUAGCACUGAUAUAGUAAAACAAGGGCUGGUAGAAGACUAUUUUGGCUCGCAAAGCAGCACGGAUAUCUCAGACCUUUGGCCGGCRGACAGCAGCAACCCCAUCACCCCUCGACAGGAAACAUACGAAGCGCAGGCGAUUUGCUCCUCCCCAGCAGACGAGGAGGAUGAGGAGGACGAGGAGAUGAUCGAGAACGGCUACUACGAGGAGCCGGACUGCACCGUCUCGGACGCGGCCUCCAGCGCGGACGGGGACGGCGGCGGCGGCGGGGAGGAGGGCGCCGCAGGGCGCGCGGGGCCGCCCGGGCCCCCCGCGGGCGCCGCCGCCCGCCGGCCCUUCCCCUCUCCCCGCGGCUCCCUCUGCUCGGCCGGCGCCCGGUGCCUCGCGGCGCCGCAGCACCCGGGCGGCUCCGGCGGCGGCUCCGCGCCGGCCGCCCCCUGGUUCGACGGCUCCCCCAGGCCCCAGAUGCUGGCUUUCCUCCAGGCCAAAGAAGAAUUGAAGCAACUUAAACUUCCCGGAUUUAUGUAUAGUGAUGUUUUCAAACUGGCUUCUUCAAUACCUUAUUUUAGCAUGGAAGAGGAUGACUGUUCGGAAGAUGGGAUACACCUGAUAGUCUGUGUCCACGGCCUGGAUGGUAACAGCGCAGAUCUCAGAUUAGUGAAGACUUACAUUGAGCUAGGUCUACCUGGAGGGAGGAUAGACUUUCUUAUGUCCGAGAGGAAUCAGAAUGAUACCUUUGCUGAUUUUGAUUCCAUGACAGAUCGCCUUUUAGAUGAAAUUAUACAGUAUAUUCAAAUUUAUAAUCUAACCCUUUCAAAAAUCAGCUUUAUUGGACAUUCACUGGGUAAUUUAAUAAUCCGUUCAGUGCUCACAAGGCCUCGGUUUAAAUAUUACCUCAACAAACUGCACACCUUCCUGUCUCUGUCUGGGCCCCAUCUCGGUACUCUCUACAACAGCAGUGCCCUUGUGAAUACAGGUCUGUGGUUUAUGCAGAAGUGGAAGAAGUCUGGUUCCUUACUGCAGCUGACGUGUCGAGACCACUCGGAUCCACGACAGACUUUCUUAUAYAAACUCAGUAAAAAAGCAGGUCUUCAUUACUUCAAAAACAUAGUGUUAGUAGGAUCUCUGCAGGAUCGUUAUGUUCCUUAUCACUCUGCUCGCAUUGAGAUGUGUAAAACCGCUUUAAAGGAUAAGCAAUCAGGACCAAUUUAUGCCGAGAUGAUCCAGAACCUGCUUCUGCCAGUUCUCCAAAAUAAGGAAUGCAAUUUGGUUCGCUAUAAUGUAAUUAAUGCAUUGCCCAAUACAGCCGAUUCGCUCAUAGGAAGAGCUGCACACAUUGCUGUCCUUGAUUCAGAAAUAUUUUUAGAAAAGUUCUUUCUUGUUGCUGCCCUAAAAUAUUUCCAGUGAAGUGUUGUAAGAGACUCGGUUGUUACCUCAUUAACAGAUGAAUCAAAUAAUGUGUGGUAUUAAAGUAUAGCUGCAGCUGUAUUUUAAGAGAUAUUUAUACUUUUUAUAUGGGAGAUAAUUUAUAUCAUCCACACUUAGGGCUUUUUUAACAUCAACUUUUACUUUCUAGGCAAUGUGGCUGUGCAAUAUCUUUUUUUUAUUUUGUUCUUUUUACUUUUCUAUUACUUUUUCUUAAUUUGGGUACCUAAUUAUUUGGAGACUAAAGCAUAGUGUGUACUUUUGGUUGGGGUAUUAYUGGCUCUUAGACUUACAAAGUCAAUGUUCCAUGGCUACAUUUUGCUAGAGGCUUUAGAUGCCAAAAUAAAGGGGAAGUUAAAAUUGUAAUAAGGUAUUACACACUCAGCUCUGUUUUAGCACCGCAGAAGGUUUAACUGGAAACACAAUGAGCUGCUAAAAUACGAGAUGUUUGAGAAAAGCUCUGCUUGUGGGUCUCACAAAGGAGGCCRUUACUGAGUUGUCUGUUUAGAUAUCACUACAUCUUAACAGUUUCCUACAAAAUCAUCCUCCUCCUUAUUAAACAUGCUAUGCCUGUGGGAAUCUAUUUUCUACUGAUCUCGAGAACAUAUUAGUUUACAUACUCACUUUUAUUACUGGAACUUUAGUCUUGAGAAGCAAAUGGCAACUAAAGAUUUUUGAAUGUUGAUGCCUUCAAUUGGGGUUUUGCAAGACUUAGUAAAAUUGCUCCUUACUUUGUCAGUUCUUCAUGUGGACAUGGACAGUUUUACACGGACUUCCUUGUAUGUACGUAAAAUAAGUAAAUGUUAUAAAUUUCUGCAAUACUUUUAUGAAUUUAAGCAGUUUUUAAAUAUUGUUAAAAUGUUUUAUUGACUACAAAGUAUUGUAAAUAUAAAUCCAUACAUCUUCAAAUGGGACAAUAUAAUGAACUUGACCUGUUUAGUGAUACAGAUAACAUGUUUUGAUACACGGGAAUGUUCAAGGUCUGUUGACUUUUUACUGGUGCUGAAUAGCAUUAAGUUUGGCUUCUCCUUCCUUCCCUUUUAUAUAUUUCAAACAAUCACUCCCUAAAGGUAGGGGAAAGGGUGACAUGUGCAUUCACUAACUGUAAUGAACUUUGGGGGGAAAACGCAAAUUUGUUGUAUGAUGCAUGCUCAUUUUUAGCAUUGUAUUAUUGCAUCUGGUGUUAAUAAAAUGAACACAUGACUCUAACGGAAGCAAUUAAAGAAACUGCAAUCUGCUAAUUACCAAAACUCUGGGGAGGCUUUAUAUAUUUUGUAUUAUUUGAAAUGAAUAUAGCAAUAAGAGUUUAUAAUGAAGAAAUCUUGCAUUUGAUAUGGUUUGUUAAUAUGGUUUGUAAUAUAUUUCUUUUGCUGUAGCUUUCAUGUUUCAGAYGAGCACCUAUGGUUUGGCAGUGUACACUCUCAAAAGACUAUUGUAUUACUGAGUUGCGUUAGGCAAGUCCUUAUAAUGGCAGAAAAAAAUAUCUUAAAUACAUUCCCACUCUGAAAAGUCUAUUUUUAUUAAUAAUUUUUAUUUUAUGACCAUAUUACUAUGUUGUAAAUACUUAAAUUAUGUUCUGACAUCUCAGCUGUCCUUUGGUGAACAGUAUUCUAGUAGCUAGGUUUGUAAUAUCAGCGUAGGGAGCUAAAUCAACAAAAUACUGAUUUUGUUUGGGUCACAAUGAGCAAGCUAACCUGCUUAUAAUACAUCCAUUUUCA